AUGGCGAGUUCGUCGGUGAGGGGGAAAGGGAAGGCGGCGGAACCGGAGCCGGCUGAUCUGCCGGAGCAAGGUAAAACUAGGGUCGUGACCACGGCCGGUGGCAAGACGAAGACGAAGCAGAAGGUGAGGAUGACGCAGGAAGAGAUCGACAGCUACAUCAGGUACAAGAACGUGCGCAUCCCCGAGGACAUUGUCCCCAAGGUGAGCAAGGAGAGGCUAGCCUGCACAAACCUGGAAGACUUGGGCGGGCUCCCGGUGCGCAUGGACGAGGAGCAUCACUAUGUUGUCAAGAUUAUUCGGCGAAUAAAUAAGAUCUCAGCGGAUUUCCUCAAGGAGAGAGAUGAGAUCCUCAGUGAGUACUACGCGAAAGGCUAUGUCGAACGCGACAUCACUGACGAUGAAGCUGAACUGGGAGGGAGCAGAGUACCUUGCACUGGCCGGAGACGAUUUCGGAAAGGAAUUGCCAAGCAGGGAGCUGGUAGCGUGAGGAAGAUAAAUUAAGGUUGUUAUUAAGGGGCAGAUUGUGCCUAAUCUCGAU